AUCGAUAUCAUUUUAAUGCAUCAUUAGUGCAAUGGACCUGGGCUACUCAAUGCUCUUCUCAACGCAAUGACUAUUUUCGUGAUACACCAUUAACAGAAUAAUUGCACCACUUACUCUCAUGCAUUAAGAAAUCCCUCACUCCCACCACUAAUGCCCACAUAACAUCACUCAUCUAGACCUGUCUCCCACUACUAACUCCCUCGAUCAUCUUCUUCUCCCACUUUCACUUAGGAACCAUGACGCUGUCAAUGGUAGUUGCUCAAGUAUUUCUACUAGGACUUGUAGGAGUUUUAGAAGGUCAAAGCCUUGUUCCUGCGGUUUUCUUCUUUGGUGACUCCAUCUUCGAUGCCGGCAACAACAACCACCUCCCUACUCUUGUUAAGGCCAACUUCCCUCCAUAUGGCAGGGAUUUCAUCAACCACUCCGCAACUGGAAGGUUCUGCAACGGAAAGCUGGCAAUUGACUUCAUUGUUGAGAUCCUUGGAUUCGAUGCAUACCCACAAGCAUACCUCAGCAAACAUGCAACUGGAGACAACCUGCUCACGGGAGCCAACUUCGCUUCUGCAGCUUCUGGGUACCUGGACGCAACAGCAGCCUUAUAUAAAUCGAUUUCAUUGACGCAACAGUUGCGAUACUACAAGGAAUACCAGUCCAAGCUGAAGAUAGUAGCACAGAGUGCAAGUGCCAACGUGACGAAUAUCAUUUCAGGCUCCCUUUACAUUAUCAGCGCUGGGAACAGUGAUUAUUUGCAGAACUAUUACAUCAAUCCUCUCGUCUCCUUAGCGUUCACCCCAGAUCAGUUUGCUGACUUGCUAGUUCAAUCCUGCACAACUUUUGUUCAGGACUUGUACAGGUUAGGAGCAAGGAGAAUUGGGGUGACAUCGCUGCCACCAUUGGGUUGUCUACCUGCAGCCAUAACAAUCUACGGUUUUGGGAGCAAUGACUGUGUUUCUCGUCUUAACAAUGAUUCUCUCAACUUCAACAAGAAGCUAGAAGCAGCUGGGGAAGCCCUGAAGAAGGCACAUCCUGACCUUAAGUUGGUUGUCUUCGACAUAUACAACCCUCUACUUGACCUCAUCAAAAACCCCGGCAACAAUGGAUUCUUUGAAUCGAGGAGGGCAUGUUGCGGGACAGGGACAAUCGAGACAUCCAUUUUGUGCAACGAGAUAACGCCAGGGACGUGCGCCAACGCCACAGGCUAUGUCUUUUGGGACAGUUUCCAUCCUUCAGAGGCUGCAAACGAAGUUCUCUUCGAAUCACUCUUUCUGCAAGGGAUUAGUCUAGUUUUUUAGACUACUACUAUUUUCUUCCACAAUAUCUAUGAGCAAAGUUAUCCAUGGUGAACUCUAUCAUUGAAUAAGAGUGAUUCAAGUUCAGCAGA